AUGAAGACUCUAAUUCUUUUGGCAUUGCUUGGCUUUGUACUGGCCCUUAGCUUGGCUAUACCAUUCAACGGAGAUACUGCUGAAAUAUAUGAUGCUGAAAGUAACGAUCUUGCGAGGGAGGUCCAAGCAGACGAAAAAGAAGGGUAAGAGAGAAACGUAGCCUGUUUUAUGCAGUUACUGAUAGAUUUUCAAAGACUUAAUUGUAGCAUAUCUGCAUAGGUUGAAAUGUACGCAUUUUCAAUUGCAUCAUGUGCAAGUGUCCUUUUUCAUUGCUCUCCAAACAUUCCUAGGUUCCUAGUGGUUACAUCGAGGUUACAGUUGUUGAGGCACUAACAUAGGAUUCAAACAAACGAAAAAAACUUGGUCAACACAUUUUUUUUUUCAUGAACGUUUUUCAUCCAGCAAGUUACUAAAUCAGUUAUGAACCCAGCACAGUAAUUUUCUGUUCAUUAAAGUGUAUUUGUACUUUGUUAAAUCUCUAGCAGAAACAAGGACAAUUCGGUAUUGUAAUAUAAAAAAUAUAUAAUGAUGUAAAAACUUAUUUUACUAGAUCGCCAACAAAGCACAUAACUAAUGAUUUCGGCUGUCAGGACCUGUGUCGGUCUGCCAAGUUCCCCACGUAGCCUUGUUUAAUUUUCGGUAAAUCACGAUGAUUAUAGCCUUUGCCGAAUAGUUACACAAAAAGGUAUUGUUUACAGUAUGAUUAUUUGGAUGAGUGAAUAGCGUUGCCAACAAACAAUUGGAAAACAUUUUCCAGUUAACACAAAAACAAAUAUCAUUUCAUAAAGAUUAAAUGUGGAAUAUCAAUUUCAUUUGCCUAAACAGCAGGAACAAAGAUAUGAAUCACAGAAACGAAAACGAAGAAGACGAUGACGAAAACGUUUAUGCUGUACGGCAAGAAGACGAUGAUGACGAGGAAGGGGAUAACGAAGAUGAGAAUGAAAACGCUUUGAUCAACCCAGGAAAUGAAGUUGAAGAUCCUAUCUGGCCUCUUCUCAUUGGUCGCGCA